GGCCCGGCGGUGGCCGCGCCGGCGGCGGCCGGCAGCCUGGUGCCCGCGGCGCGCCAGCAGCACUGCACGCAGGUGCGCAGCCGGCGGCUCAUGAAGGAGCUGCAGGACAUCGCGCGCCUCAGCGACCGCUUCAUCUCGGUGGAGCUGGUGGACGAGAGCCUGUUCGACUGGAACGUGAAGCUGCACCAGGUGGACAAGGACUCGGUGCUGUGGCAGGACAUGAAGGAGACCAACACCGAGUUCAUCCUGCUCAACCUCACCUUCCCCGACAACUUCCCCUUCUCGCCUCCCUUCAUGCGGGUGCUCAGCCCGCGCCUGGAGAACGGCUACGUGCUGGACGGCGGCGCCAUCUGCAUGGAGCUGCUCACGCCGCGCGGCUGGUCCAGCGCCUACACCGUGGAGGCCGUCAUGCGCCAGUUCGCCGCCAGCCUGGUCAAGGGCCAGGGACGGAUCUGCAGAAAAGCCGGGAAGUCAAAAAAGUCCUUCAGUCGCAAGGAAGCCGAAGCUACCUUUAAGAGUUUGGUGAAAACUCAUGAGAAAUACGGCUGGGUCACCCCACCCGUGUCUGAUGGCUGAUGUCUGCACGUGCCCUAGACGCUUGAGCGUGUCCACACUUCACCCCUGCCAUCUCCUCCUACCACUGCUGCUCCUCCACCCUUUUCUACUCCAGCCGAACUAUGUCGUGAAUGCCAAGGACACACUUAAGUUAUUUAUGAACUGAUGUGUUUAUGGAGAGAAAGAGCAAACGCUGCUCGGGAUUACGUUUCCAUAAUGAAUGAAUGAUCAUUUCUAAGUCACAUUAGAAGAAAUGUUGAGAUGAUAACAGUUCCCAGCCUGCCUCCCCCUCUGCCCACCUGUCGCGUUGCCCUUGGCUUCCUUCCAGUACAGCCGCCCAGAGCAGUCGGCAGGAAACUCAGUGCCCCUGCCCGCUCCAUGUUCAUGCACCAGGCGCUGUUCCUACGUUGGGAGUGCCACACGCCGUCGGGCGCCGCUGGCCCCUGUUUGCUGUGUUCUCUAUCUCUGUUUCUUCCCUUGGCAGGUCAACAUAACUUGAAGACAUAUCUUUCUUUCUGUGGCCUGUGGUCUGCUGUGACGACAUUUAGACCUCAUUUGUGCUAUGACCUUUGGCUCAUGAAAACACAACUCUAACAUUGCCAGGUUCUAGUGAUAACUUAAAACUACAACUGCCCACUUGGUCAGAGCGUGCUCUCUGUGCUGAUUUUGUGCUGUGCUACCACUGUUCACAGAUAAACCAGUGCCAUUCGAUGAGAGGCAGGGAGUGUUCUGGCUACCAGAGGGGUGGGGAGGGACAGAAUGUCAAGUGCACCCCCUGGGAUGCAGAGGGAACAGUCUCCAGACAUUAGGGAAUGCUCCGACCACAGUACAUUAGUGUUCCUGUUUCCUCUUCACUCAUCAAAAGACGGUUUCCCAUUCGCUACAGUCAUCGGAUUCAUUUUGUCUUCCGUGCUAGUGACAAGAAACAACGGAACUGCCAAAGGACGCCGAGUGACCCCAGGAGGACUUGCAUGACGGGGUCUGUUACUUCACCCACUAGCCACUUGUGUCCCUGAGGUUGAGGCGUGAGCACCUUGCCAUGGUGUAAACUUCCUGUUUAACCCCCCCACGCUUUCAUUUUCUCUUCUGUUAAAUUACCUAGAACUUUCUAAGGAACUUCAUGAAAUGAGGAAAUACUGUUUAUUAUAACAUGCAGAGAGAGGUAAAAUGUUCAUUCCAAGUGGAAAAUCUUAUUGGCCACAUUUUAAAUAAAAUCAUGCAUACCUGA